GAUUUCUAGAGAGAAUGAUGAGUCUCUCUAAAAACUAUGGUUGGCUUCACUAUCUCCGGCCUUACUUUGCAUUCAAACGGUUUCUUAGAGCAUUGACAGUGACAAGGUCAUUGCCCAAUACAAGUCUAAAAUUUAGAAUCUAGUAAUUAUUUUCCUCGACCAGCUAUACAUCAAAAGCUUAAGACUUUAACUAAAGUAAAUCUUCGCCACUCGCCAUACCUAGCAAGUUACUGUACAAAGCCCAAAUCUCUAUUUUAUUAUUUUAUCUAAUUCCCACACUCACGCUUCCCUCGUUCACUCCUCUCCUCCAUUCUCUCCAGCACGCAAUAGACGGCCAAUCCCUGAGCCCCAGCCAACAAUGCCACACUCAAAUUCUCACACAUGGGCUCGGACAAAGCCCCUUCCUUGCCACCAAAAUCGUCUCUGCUUACUCUAUAUGUGGAAGCUCAACUAGGUCACGGCUCGUUUUCGACUCAUGAAAUGUGCUCUAGUGAUGAAAGGCCGGAUGAUUACACGCUUGCUACCGUCGCGAAUGUAUCUGCCGAGAUUGGAGAUUCUAUUGCUGGGAAACUGUCUCAUGGGGAGAGUUUGCGAAUUGGGUUUCUUUCAGAUAUGGUUGUUGCCAAUUCAUUAAUGUCGAUGUACUGUAGAUGCGGCCAAUAUAUGAAGAAUCCCGAAGAUUGUUUGAUGAAAUGCCGAAAAGAAAUUCAGGUUCUUGGAAUGUAUUAAUAGCGGGAUAUGCUAGUUCGUGGGAUCGCAGUUUUGAUAAGGAAAUGUGGGAAGCUGUAAAGUUUAUGCAGAAUGAUGGGGUGAAACCCGAUGGAUUUACAGUUUCGAGCCUGCUGCCUGUUUGUGGUAGUGAUACUGGGAGAUGCGAUCAUGGGAGGGAACUUCAUUGUUAAAUUGUGAAAAAAUUCAGGUUUGGGAUCGGAUGUUCACUUGGGGUGUUGUUUGAUAGAUAUGUACUCAAGGAAUAAUAAAGUUACCAUGGGUAGACGGGUACACAGCAUCUGUUCAAUUCUAAACUUGUCAUUGAAAAUUGACAAAGCGGUUUUUAUCCAGACAUUAUGGUAAUCUAGGAUAAUUGUGUUGUGUCAUGUU